AGAAGACUGGCUUUCUUUUUUGUUGUUAUUUGUUAUAUUUUAUGCGUUUGAGGAAUUGUUUUACAACUAAAAGCCGAGACUUUGUAGUUUAGAACAGUUUCGUUUUUAAUGUGUUAAGCUAUACAUAAGUUAUUAUUGGAGAAAGUGGAUCUACUCUAACGUUUAAUAUAAUUAAAAGACGUGCCAUGCAUGCACACACAACUUUUGGACUUCACUCUUGAGCGAUCUUGUUCAUAUUGCUUGCAUGCAAAUUUAAUCAUAUUUAUUAUUGAGAAUGCAGUAUCUAUUUUCUUUUUGAUAUGGUUUUAUCAAACGUUGUACCAAAAGUCACCACAAAUAAUACAUGUUACAAUUUUGUUGGUCAAGACGGGAUGACAAAUUCAGGUCAUGGCAUGUACACAAACAAUAAUUACAUUAGUGUACCAGAAGAGAAUUAUUCUCUGACACCACAGACACUCUCAGCAUCAAUAACUUCAUCAUUUCCAUGUCUGAAUGCAGUGCCAGUAAACCGAUUCACUUUCGCCACUCCUACACAGACCAGUCUUGGACGAUACGUUGCUCAGCCAUAUUCAGUGACAUCUGUGCCAUCAACACAAAUCGCAAAUAUUGUAGCAAGGACUGUUCCGGGUCUUGGCGCUACUUGGCAGCAUUCUCUACCAAACACAGCACAUCCAAGGUUGCAGAUGGAUGUUACAUGGCAGAACUGUGUACCGCACAUGUCACACACACAGAUUGGAAUGGAUUCUGUUGCAGCACCACAGCUGUCGGUUCCUCAGGAUAUGCCUUGGAUGCAAGAUACACCACCAUCGAACAAAGAUGUUUCAGUUUUCUCGGCAGUGCCUAUAUUGCAUCCACAGCUAUGUUAUAAGCGGGGCCCAAAGCGACAACUUGGCAUACCUGAUGCAGACAAUGGAUGCUCCCCCUCCAAACAAUUCAUCACUGAAGAAAUGAUGGCAGCUAGAAUGAAAGACCUUUCACUAGACUGUGCAACAUGUACUGGUCCCAGCCCGACUCGUAAAACCCCCGUAUCUCCCAGUACAGCGAUCACCUCCGACUGCCAGCAUGUUCGUACACCGAGGCCAGUGUCUCAGUGGCAGAGAAUGAAAGAAAUUGAAGAAAGGUUGGAAGAUGAAGAAGACGAAGAGAUUGUCACCACAUUGAACAGCACAAGCAAAACAAAGCCACGGUUACAUUUGCUGACACAUGAUAUCAGCGCUAAGGAUUUGCUGUCCACAAACCCACUACUGCCGAAGAAAAUCAUUGAUGACCUCAUAAAACCCACUAUGCAGGUUGUGCUGUGGAAACCACCAGGUUACUUGAUUAAGAACACCAUAUCUCAAGUGGUUUCCUCCAACGACGAGAAAGCCAGUCUCUUGCCUCAGGUAGAAAGUGUCUGCAACGUUGUGUCUGAAUCAGAAAGUUCUUGUGACCUCGUUUCAGAUGACAAUGAGAUGCCACCGACAGACUUGCCAGAUUUGCAACAGAGGCUUGUGAUGCCAGGUUUGCCAGAUGAGAACAACUCAUCUUUUCAGACUGAAGAGGACAUGGACCUUUGACCUUUGACCAGAACAUUUAUCUGUGGCACAUCCCAAGGAAAUAUUUUAUUUAUAGAAUCAUAUCUCAUUCUGUAAAACUGAGACUUGAGCGUUGGCCAUUCUGCCUCCUGUGUGACCAGUCUGCGAUGAAGAAGAUGGUGAGAAUGAACCGUGGUGUGAGUGGAAUGUGUGUGUGUAAAAUCAUAAAGGUGGAUCACCAAUACAUGUACAUACUCCAACAUGUUCACAUCAAUAAAAUACGGAGCAAUAA